AACAAGUAAACUGUGUGGCAAUGGCUGACCUUCUAAACUUGAAACAACAAGUAGAGGAAUUUAAAAGUGAAUACUACAACAGAAACUGGCAAGCCGAGGUGAACAGAAAGGAGGAGACCCAGGCUGCCAUCCGAAUUCAGAGCUGGUUCCGAGCCUGCAGGGUGCGGACAUACAUCAGACAUCUGAACAAGAAAGCAAUCAUCKUACAGAAGGCAUGGCGCGGCUUUGCAGCAAGGGCACGUGUCAGACAAAUGGUGAAGGCGGCAUAUUUUACCAUGAAGAUGAAUUUCUACAACGACAUGGCGGUCAGGAUUCAGAAAACAUGGAGAGGAUUCUACUUCAGGAAGUAUAUCCAUUACUUUUAUGCUCGGAAAAGAUAUCUGCAGCAAAUUCUCAUGAAUAAUGAGCUCGUGAGGAAAGAGUUGGACGAGAUUGAGAAAGCACAGGCGAGAGAGAAGGAAUAUCUAGACGCUAUAAAAGAGCAGAAAAUAAAAGCUUACCAAGCUUAUCGAAUGCACCAUCUCAUCAGCACGAAAAAGCUCCCCGGGGUGUUCAACUCUCCUUACAGGCAGACCCCUCAUGAGAUGGAGCUGCUGCUGAGGCAGGUCAGGUAUCAGGUCCCUGGCAGCAUGGCCCACCGGGAUGCUGGUUAUCUCGGGGGCCUUUGCGACUCAACGGGACUUAGUUUCUCUGGGUCUGCUGAAUCCCAACGUACCAUUUCCACCAAAACCCAGGAGUUCAGAACCAGACUACCUCCUAUCGUCACCAAGAAGGGAAAGGCAAAAAUGACUCAAGCUGUCCAUAACAGAUGAGGCAGAUAAUGGAUUAAAGCACACUUAAAAURCGAAUGAGAUAAAAAAAUUAAAAAUAAUGCAAUAGUAAAA